AACUCGACGGAGAAGACGAGACACGAGCCCGAGUUAGCUGAGUAUAUCACAUCUUCUUGUUCCAGCGGCUUUUCCAAGGUCUUCUCUCCUGGCUCCGAGUUGCUCAGCGCGGACACGAUGGGCUGCUGCAGCGGCCGGUGCACGCUCAUUUUUAUUUGCACUUUACAGUUGGUGUUGGCUCUAGAACGACAGGUCUUUGAUUUCCUGGGUUACCAGUGGGCCCCGAUCUUAGCCAACUUCGUCCACAUCAUCAUUGUCAUUUUGGGCUUCUUUGGCACCAUCCAGUACCGGCCCCGCUACAUUGUCGUGUACACAGUUUGGGUGGCUCUUUGGGUGGCCUGGAAUGUCUUCAUCAUCUGCUUUUACCUGGAUGUAGGCGGUCUGUCCAAGGACAGUGAUCUGCUGACAUUCAACAUUUCAGCCCAUCAUUCGUGGUGGAGUGAACACGGGCCAGGCUGUGUGAGGAGGGAGAUGCCACAAGAUGAAGGGGGCCACACCACUGAAAGCCAUUCCUAUAUCACGGUCAUGGGCUGCUUCAUGGACUACCAGUACAUCGAGGUCAUGCACAGUGGAACACAGAUCCUGGCUGCUCUCCUGGGCUUUGUGUACGCCUGUUAUGUUGUCAGCGCCAUCACAGACGAGGAGGACAGCUUUGAUUUUAUUGGUGGAUUUGAGCCAUUCCCACUCUACCAUGUCAAUGAGAAACCAUCUCAUCUCCUCCUAAAUCCAGUGUCCCUGUCUACGUAAAUAGAAGAUCAUCUUGGAGGGAUGUUGAUGCUGACGUUGCUUGCCACAGUUUGACCCAACUUUUAGUCCCAGAAUUUUGGGAAGUGCCAGACUUCCCUCCGACCCCACUCCCACUCACUUUACUCUAUUAAGUACUUAAAACAUGGCAGUCACUGGUGGGCUGCAUGGAAAAUACAACUCAGUUUAAUUGUCUUCCUCUUGAUUAGUUUUGUCUGUUUUGAAGCAACUUUGAAUAAAUAUUUUUGUAAUGUAUCCUGUGGAAACGCACUGUGCGUUCUUAUCAGCACAACUGUAGAGAACAGCAUAUAAAUACCUUUAGUUUGUAAUCGGCAGCAGCCCAUCUUUUCCACUCUGUGGCACUGCACUCAUUUUGCAUGUUAUCACUAUUUUGGGUCGGAUUGUGGCUUGAGGGCUAAAUUACAAUGGAACGAACCAAGGAUUCCUGUUUACUUUGGGUAGAGGUCUUUUGUACAUCCAUGCACAGGCAGAGCCGUAAAAAGGAACACGCCUCAAAACUACACAACGUAAAUAAUGCAGUGAUUGCAGGAAAAUGAAUUUAGUCUGAUGUGAAAUAUCAAAAAUGCAAAAGGUUUCAGCGUGCAAGAUUCAAAAGUUUUAAUUGUGGGGUAUUAUUGUUAAGGAUUAUUUUCACCCACAGCAACGUCAAGCAGUUAAGUGUCAGGUGUUUGUUUAUGUUUGGAAAAAGCGCUGGAAACUGUCCGUGGGAUUGUGAUGCACACUUAGCCGAUUGUUAACUCAACUUCAACAAACCUUACAAAUAGAAAUAGUACAGUGAGAGCUGAGCGUGGCUUUCUGCCAUGUUCAGCGCCUGUUCUAGUUGUAAAGGAAUUUUAUACUUGAAAAAAAAAGCACUUUUGUGCUACAAGUCACUUCGUGCGAAACAAAUCCACUGUUGCCUUACUGCCCUCUGGUGUUUAAUUUGUUGUCCAUGUGCAGGAGCAGAUGUGGUGAUUUCCUCCCCAAAAGUACAGUAUUGUAUUGUUUUUAGAGCCCGUUAAAAGUCAUUUUAAAGUUAGAAAAUAAGCACAGGAAAUAUUGCUUCACCCAGCAGUUUGUUUUAAGUCCACUUGUUUUCAACACAGUUUUUUAUCAUUCGAGGUUUUGUUUUCUUAACCUCUGAAUCAUAUAUGUUUUGACGCUUCACAAAUUUAUCGAGUGAAGGUUCAGCAUCAAAAGAGUUGCAAACAAAGACCUCUCCUUGUUUUUGUUCUAUUCACAGAUCAUUUUGUCUAUUCUUGGCAGUUGGUUGUCGGAUUCCUGUAAUAUUCUCACUGCCGGGUAGUGGCAAAAUAGCAUCUCAGCCCAGUGCUUACUUUUGAUCAUAUGAUAAAUAUGCGUUGCGCGUGGUUGGUCAAACUUCCUUUACCCGGAUGCAAAUACUAUCUCUUUAUUUAUGAGAAUUCACGCACUCGUCCAGCGUUUCCCGACUUUGAUUACGCUAAGGCCCCAAUCUUCCAUCACAAAAAGUAUGUACAGUAUAUUGAAAUAAUGAUGAUAUCUCAGUUUACUCAAAAUUGACUUGGUCUGGGCCUGCUUAGUGUAUGAAUGGCAAGAGGUGGAUAGUUUUUUUUUUGUACCAUCGUCUAUUUAAUUGUUCUGCCUGACACUGUAUAUCGCUGGUAUCGAUAGAAGAACAAAGAUAUAUUUGUAGUUACUAAUUUUCAAACAAAUUAGGUGAACUGGGGCAAUUUCCCACGGCACUGGUGAGGCUCUCUCACGGCACGCUCGUUGGGAAUCUCUGCUCUAGUCUAUUGUGUGUGUGUGUGCAUCUCAUAUUGUGUUAUAAUCAGUAUUAGACUGAAAUGUUACUAAAUCUUGCAUCUUGGUGCAAUAUAGCUUCUUCAAAACUGUUAUGUGCGCUAGUUUCCACUGAAAGAAUAUGGCACAUCUUUGUUGACACUUUUUCAUAUUUCUACAGAAAAUGUUUUCCAUUUUCUCUUUCAGUGUUGCUCAAAUCCAAUGUGAUGUGUAUCUUUUCCAUAGCUGUUCCUUCUGUUCAUGUAAAUGUGUUUACUAAUAAAAUAAAUUGUUUUCUUUCAGUCAUCAUAAGUCAAUAUCUGCAUAGAACCCACAUUAAAAUUGGCACACCGAUACUGAGUAGGUCAAAAUGUUUGUUGUGGAUCAUAUGUAGU